AUGGUGUAUUAUUACACAUCCAACACUGUAUCGCCAGCAGCGUACAUCUAUGCUGGAAAAGACAAAUACGAAAACGAAGAUCUCAUCAAGCAUGGUUUGGAAGAAGAUGUAUGGUUUCACGCCGACAAGUUGUCGAGUGCGCAUAUUUAUCUUCGUCUGAAUGAGGGAGAGGCAUGGGAUUCGAUUCCCGAGGAAUUAUUGAUGGAUUGUGCUCAACUUACCAAAGCCAAUUCGAUUGAAGGUGAGAUUGGGGAUUUGGGGGGGGGGGAGAAAGGAGAGAUACGAAAUAAAAAAGAUAAUGUUACGAUUAUUUAUACGCCAUGGUCGAAUUUGAAGAAGGAUGGGAGUAUGGCGGUGGGACAAGUUAGUUUUAAGAAUCAGAAGACUGUUAAGAGGAUUUUGGUUCCUGCUAGGGAAAAUGCCAUCAUCAAUCGUUUGAACAAGAGCAAGGUUGAAAAGUUCCCGGAUCUGGCUAUGGAGAAGGAAGAGAAAUUGAAGAUUGCAAGGAAGAAGGAUCAAGCUGCUCUGUUGGAACGGAGAAAACAAGAAUCCAAACAGGCCCAGGAGUACAAGGAAAAGAAGUGGCAGAAGGAUCAUGCGUAUGAUGAUUUGUUUGCUCAGGAUGAUGAUGAAGAGGUGAAUAAUCAAGAUAGGGGAGAAGACUACCUCAGUGAUUUCAUGUAA